AUAUCGAUGAUGAAAAAUUGCUUGGGAUGAAAUUUAAUUCCUUGGAAGAUGCUUAUAAAUUCUACAAUUCAUAUGCGAAGAGACAUGGUUUUGGAGUUAGAAAAUUCAGGUCAAGAAAGAAGAAGGAUGAUAUUGUAUAUCGCAAACAAUUUUGUUGCAAUAAGCAAGGGUUUAAAAGCAAAGUGGGCAAAGAGAGGAGUUAUACAAAAUUGGAAACGCGGACAGAGAUCCCAGAUUCGUCAGUCGAUUCUGGCACAGCUUACAUGAGGCGAUGGGCACAAAGUUUGAGUUUAGUUCAGCCUACCAUCCGGAGACAGACGGUCAGUCAGAGAGAACUAUUCAGAUACUCGAGGAUAUGCUUCGCGCCGUGGUUUGUUGACAGGGGUGCCAAGUGGGAGUCAAUAUUGCCGUACGCCGAGUUUGCGUAUAACAACAGUUAUCAUUCUUCUAUUCAGAUGGCUCCUUACGAGGCACUUUACGGUCGCAAGUGUCGUUCCCCUCUCUAUUGGGACGACGUCGGAGAGCGACAAGUACUCGGUCCUAAGAUGAUCGAGGAGACAGCAGAGCAGGUCGAGUUGAUCCGGCAGAGACUCAAGACAGCUCAGAGUCGACAGAAAUCUUCCGCCGAUCAUCAUCGACGAGACAUUCAGUUCGAAAUUGGCGAACCAGCCUUUCUUAGAGUUCAUCCGAUUCGCGGAGUAGUGCGAUUCGGCAAGAGAGGGAAGCUGCACCCUCGUUUCAUCGGUCCGUUCGAGGUUCUCGAGCGAGUAGGCGAGGUCGCGUAUCCCCUUCAUGAGGACAAUGAUUCAUUUCAGUGGUUGUUGGAUGAAUUUCUGAAGUCAAUGGGUGGGAAGCAGCCCAGCACAAUAAUGAUCGAAGAAGAUGCAGCUAUGGCAGCUGUAAUUCCAUUGGUGUUAACGCAAUCCCAACAUCACUUAUGCACCUGGCAUAUUGACGAGAAUUCAAAAAAGCACAUUCAGUAUUUUCGGAUAAUGCCCGAUUUCAUCAAUCUUUUUCAUUUGGUUUUGAGAUCAACGGACACAAUACCGGAAUUCAAUUUUUAUUGGAAAAA